AUGGCGCACCGGCAGCGGACGAUGCGGCUCAUUGCCAUCCCGCUUGCGCGAGCGCGACCAGGUGCAACGCCCGUCUCGACGUUCCUUGCCCAGCGCAUCACAGCCAAGGGCAAAGAAAAGGCCGUCAGUGGAGGCAGCGAUGGUGGUGGCGGCGGUGUCGGCAGCAGCGGCGGUGAAGGUGAAACAGGAGCAGCGGCAGCGGCGGCAGAGCAGGCGAAGAAAGAGCCACUCGUCUCGAGGCUCAUGACCAGGGCUUCCAACUUCUGGGUCUCGCUGGGAAGGACAGACGUCAAGAGCCCGUUGGACUGGAAGCGGCGGACCUACACGUUGGGCGAGAGGCUGAUGGAUCGAAUCGAGUACGAGGAAUGGGCCCUCAAAGGCGUCGAUCCGGCGUUGGGACCCAGCCUGGACGUGAAAGAGGCCGGGAGAAGAAGGGAAGAUGGAAAGGAUGAAAAGGCUAAGGAGGAUGUUGUCUCGUCGACAUCGGCUUCAUCAUCAUCUUCUUCCCCCGCAUCGCCUUCUCCUUCUUUAGACAUCAAGUCACCUUCCCCAGACAAUAUCCCUCUCCUCUAUCCGCCCUCGCUCCUCGCUCCCACUCCGCUUCUGGCGUCGCUGUCGCGCCUCACCUCCUCGAGGCAACCGCAUCACCGCCAACGAAUGAUCUGGUGCAUAAUCGGAAUGCCCUUCACGAUCCCAUUCGCCAUCGUCCCCGUCGUUCCCAACCUACCCUUCUUCUACCUCGUCUGGCGCGCGUGGAGCCAUUGGAAAGCUUACAGCUCGUCGAAAUACCUUUCGACCAUCAUUAGUCGAGGAAGGCUGAUUCCGACGCCCUCAUCCCAGCUAGACGAGAUCUUUGCCAUCCCUGCUCCUCCAGCACCACCACCUACCGAGUCUGAACCCGAGUCGGGGCAGGGCGAGAAGACGGCGGAGCAGCAGAGAGCAGCAGAAGAAGUGGUGCCCAUCUUGCACAAAGCUGCGGCGGAGGCCCUAGUCAAGGCCCUGGAGCUCGAUGCGCAGCUCGCAGUCGAGCUCAACCGCGCCAUGAUUCAGACCCAGUCAAGCAUCGAAAAGGGUCAACUGCAAAAGCUCGACGAGGCCGCAAAAGACGAUGGACAUCACCAGGAUGCAAAUAGUAAGCCCAAGGCAUAG